AUGACGAUCGAAAAUAGUUUUGUGCAACCUGUAAUUCCAAGGUUCGAUGGACACUACGAUCACUGGAGCAUGCUUAUGGAGAAUUUCUUGCGCUCCAAAGAAUAUUGGAGCUUAGUGGAGACUGGGAUUUCUGCCAUUGAUCAAGCAAUCCUGGAGACGAUAUUGAAGAAAGAUACCGCAAAAGACAUCUGGGACUCCUUAAAGCAGAAGUACCAAGGCACAACACGUGUCAAACGUGCACAGUUACAAGCUCUUCGCAAAGAGUUUGAAAUUCUACAUAUGAAGGAAGGGGAAUCAGUGAAUGAGUAUUUUGCACGGACUCUCACCAUAGCCAACAAGAUGUGGAUUCAUGGGGAAAAGAUGGAAGAUGUGGUAUGCUUCAUUGAAGAAUCAAAUGAUCUUGACAUCUUGUCUAUCGAUGAACUGCAAAGCAGCCUGUUGGUACACGAGCAAAGGAUGGGGAGGCACACAGUGGAUAAGCAAGCUCUAAAGGUCACUCAUGAGGAAUGUCCUAAAAAAGAGAAGGAUUCAAAAGGUUUCUAUUCAGAAACCAGUGAAGAAAUGCUGUUGAUGGCUUAUGUGGAUAUCAAGGAGGAUGACAGAGAAGAAUUAUGGUUCCUGGACUCAGGAUGCAUCAAUCAUAUGUGUGGCAAGAAGGAGAUGUUCAUGGAUUUUGAUGAUACCUUCAGGAAAUCCAUAAAGCUAGGGAACAGUUCAAGCUUGGCCGUACUAGGAAAGGGAAAUGUUCGUAUGGAGGUCAAUGGAAUCAUGCAGGUCAUUACUGGAGUAUUCUAUGUUCCGGAUCUACGGAAUAACUUACUAAGUAUUGGACAAUUACAAGAGAAGGACCUUGUUUUCCUUAUUAAACAUGGCAAGUGCAAAAUUUAUCAUCCAGAGAGAUGA